GUGUGUGCUAUGGUUGGCAACACUGAUAGUAGGUUACUCAACAAUAAGUGACUAAGAAGUCCUCCCCUUAUAUAGUCUUUGGUCCUCCCUGUCUUUAUUCAGUGGAAAACUGAAAACAAUUUUGUUACAACUUCGAUAUUCUUCGUUUUUUGGCUGUUCUGUUGUGUUUUUGGUUGUAAAGUAACAUUUGAAAAUGCCAGUAUUUUCCGCUGCUGCAAAAAGAAAGCGUUAUUUGUCGAAGAGCAAAUUUAAAGUUGCGGGCGACCGUGAUAGGUUUCUGUCGCGAAUAGAGAAGAGCCUGUACUACGGGAAGCUGCCUCUCACAGACAGGUUCAGUCUGCCUGUUUCAGAAUUGGCAGCAGAGUUGUUCACACGCGUGAAGGAAAGCCACAGCCUGGACCACUUGCCACUGGCAGAUACUGCCGCCAUCUCGCGAAACUCCUGUGCAUCGCCGUGCUCCCUGGUGCUGGCACUGCUCUACGUGGAGCGUCUCAACUCGUGCAACCCCGGCUACCUGCGAACUGUGCCCUCUUCGCAGCUCUUCGUGGUCUCUAUGAUGGUGGCCAGCAAGUUCCUGAACGAUGACGGGGAGGAGGACGAGGUGUUCAACGACGAGUGGGCGGCCGCCACGGGACUGUCGCUCAAGGACCUGAACAGGAUAGAGCACGACUUCCUGCAAGCCAUCAACUGGGAGGUGUUCGUUAGCGAGCAGACGUUCUGGAAGAAACUGCGUAAGCUGGAGGCAGGCGUGGCGAACCGUGAGGGCUGGCGCCGGGGCUGGUUCACGUAUGCCGACCUCGACAAACUGCUGGACGAGUUGGACCUACUUUCUGUGGCUCACACCCUCUUCAAGGUGUCAACAGUGUUCUUCACCAGCUACACUGCUGGCGUGCUGACACUACUGGGCUCUGUGCUCAUAGCAAGCCAUGUCCCUGGCACGAGCCUGGGUGCACAGCCCUCUGCACUGUCUACCACCGCGCACUGCGAUCUGCUGCAUGGUCCAGGCGACCCUCCCAGUGACGAGGACUCCAACAGCACUGCCAGCGUGCUGACGCUGCUGGACUCUGUGCUCAUAGCAAGCCGUGUCCCUGGCACAAGCCUGGGUGCACGGCAGUUCGCACUCUCUACCACCGCACACGGCAAUCUGCUGCAUGGCCCAGGCGACCCUCCCAGCGACGAAGACCCCAACAGCACUGCCAGCGUGCUGACGCUGCUGGACUCUGUGCUCAUAGCAAGCCGUGUCCCUGGCACAAGCCUGGGUGCACGGCAGUUCGCACUCUCUACCACCGCACACGGCAAUCUGCUGCAUGGCCCAGGCGACCCUCCCAGCGACGAAGACCCCAACAGCACUGCCGGUGUCUUCAUCCCAGAAUCUGUCUCCUGCUGCAAAAGACUACAGGACGAGCAGUUGUUUGUGAAUGAGACAGUCGAAGUGGCGGAUAUGCUGGCAUGGCUACCUGUGCUGCACAGCUGGCUGCGUAGGACAUCCCUCGACAGGUGUUUGCACGCCCUUCGACUGUCGCUCGCUGCCUCCGUUGCAUGACACGAGGCUCGUGUGUAGCACACUGUCUGUGCCCCUGGACUGUCGCUGCUCCUCUUCUUUGGCAUUCAUUUGAUAUUGUAAAUCAUUGUCUAACACACUGGUUUUUCUCUCUACCAUACGUCAGAUGAUCAGUACUAAUCAACAUUAUGAAGAAAUUUUGGAAAUCUGUAGUGUAUAGAUCCAGAAAUGUUUUGAUGUCAGUAACAGAUGAAUUUAAUUUUUGUAAACUAGAAAGGAGAUUCGAAUUUUUACAGUCCAGUAAUACAUAUGUUUAGAUUUUAACAGAAAUUAAAUUUAUCAUUUUCUUAACUUACAUUUGUUUUGACCAAGGUUGGGCUGAAAAUCUAACACAGCAGUAAUAAAAAACUGACACUAAAAAUAGACUGCUUGAGUUUUACUCCAUACACGUUAGUUUUUCUGUGUGGUUUGUCAGAGGAUAUAGUGACAAGUGUGGUGGUUUGAACCUCUAUGUUAAGCAAAUAUUGUCUGCAUUAAGUGUAGCUUUACAAUAAAUCAAUAUCAAAGUGUUGGCAUAAAA